AACGAGUGCGCGCCCGUAGACGUUGCUUCUCAGGCUUCAAGAUGGCGGAAGCCUUGACAACUCAGGAGGAGGUGUAUUGGAUACAGUAAACCUCUUGAUGAAAUCUGUGUGUGGUACAGGCGGUGGAGGAGUUCCUGGCUGAGCUGAGGUGUCGGGAACAGUCUCACAAUGCAGAUCUUGUCAGUCAGAUGACAGCGGUUAAGUUUCUUAUGGCACGCAAGUUUGACGUCUCCAGAGCCAUAGACCUCUUCCAGGCUUACAAGAACACUAGAAUAAAGGAGGGCAUCUACAAUAUUAACCCAAAUGAGGAACCUUUAAGGAGUGAGUUGCUGAGCGGGAAAUGUACAGUUCUGCCUGGCCGUGAUGCAAAAGGUGCAGCUUUGGCACUCUUUACGGCACGUCUUCAUCAACCAGACCUCACUACCCAUAAGGCUGUUCUCCAGGCCAUUAUAUAUCAGCUGGAUAAAGCAAUUGAGAGCAUUCAGACACAGAGAGAUGGGCUCAUUUUCAUCUAUGAUAUGACUAACUCCACAUAUGCCAACUUUGACUAUGAGCUUUGCGUCAAGAUUUUAAAUCUGCUCAAAGGAGCUUUCCCUGCUCGUUUAAAAUGUGUCUUCAUUGUGUCAUCUCCACUGUGGUUCAGAGCUCCGUUUGCGGUACUGCGUUUGUUUGUGAGAGAGAAACUGAGAGAAAGGGUGUGCACUUUAAAAGCACACGAACUGGUUAAUCACAUCCCAGUCAGCUCCCUUCCUGAACACUUGGGUGGCUCGUCACAUUAUAGCCACAUUUCCUGGAUCCAGUCCUGCAUCAACUCCAGCCCCAACAACCCCGAUAACUCUCCCUACGUCACUGCAGAUUGCUUGGGCAGCCUUCUCCACUCUUACUCCAUGGAGCAUUGCCAGAAUACCACUGCUGACCCCUUAACUGCCAACUCUUCAGCCCACACAGUGGCAACUCAUUUGGGAGAUGGACUGAACCCCAACUGCCCCGUACUGGAUGAUGGAAAUGCCAAUGUGCAGAACCAUAGGACAGCGGGGCAUGCACAUUGGAAUGGCUCUAUACUUCCAAGUUUAGGGGGCAUUACAGGGUCUAAUUCCAAUGUUGUCAAUGGGUGUGGCCGCCAGCCACCACCACAGUCAGACACACCCCCAGACACGCCCCUGCAUCAAAAACACACUCCUUGUGCCAUAGUAACAGGAGGAGGGGCAGCUAUGGGAACAGAUCGAGUCGUGACGUCUUUGGACGACACUAGACAGGAUGUCAAUGGUGCUGAAGACGGAUAUGGUGUUCCACCCCUCCCACUGAAAUCAAGGCCGCCCCCUCUUCAUCAUAGCCCCGUCCCCGAUAUGAGCUGUUUACCGGGAACAACGGCAGAAAUGACAGCAUUGUCAGUGCAUUUAGCUGAGCCAGGUGGAAUGAGCGUGCAGGAUCUGGUACAGCAUGUGAAAUGCAAAAAAAAGAAAGGCAUUUACCAGGAGUACGAGGAGAUCCGCAAAGAACCUCCUGCUGGAACCUUUGACUGCUCUAAGAAGCCUUCUAACCAGAUAAAGAAUCGCUACAGUGAUGUCCUUUGCCUAGACCAAUCACGUGUUCGACUCUGUCCUCUCAAUGAUGAGGAUGACGAGACGUCUGACUACAUCAAUGCAAGUUUCAUGGAUGGAUACAAAAGGAGGAAUGCUUACAUUGCUACUCAGGGGCCUCUGCCAAAAACUUAUGGAGACUUUUGGCGAAUGGUGUGGGAGCAAAUGGUUUUAAUCAUCGUUAUGACCACAAGAGUUGUAGAGCGAGGACGAGUGAAAUGCGGACAGUACUGGCCUUUAGAGUCUGGCCGCACUGAGGAAUAUGGGUACUUUUUGGUGAGAAAUGUCCAUAUUGAGAUGUUUCAGGAUUUUAAGCUGUCAUACCUGGAGCUCUUAAACACUCAGACAGGGGAAUGUAGAGAAGUGUCCCAUUAUCUCUACAUGAGUUGGCCCGAUUUUGGUGUUCCAAAGUCAGCGUCGGCCAUGUUAGAUUUCCGGGCACACGUGAAGCGGAGACAAGAGUCUUCAUUACGAACACUGUAUCCCGAUUGGACAGGACCCCCAGGAGGCCCCCCAGUGGUGGUACACUGCAGUGCAGGCAUUGGUCGAACAGGCACGUUCUGUACUGUAGACAUUUGUCUUUCUCGUCUGGAGGACAUUAGGACAGUUGACAUUAAGCAGACAGUGCGUUGCAUGCGAACGCAGCGUGCCUUCAGCAUCCAGACGUGGGACCAGUACUACUUCUGCUACAAAGCAGUGAUCGAGUACGCCCAACAGAGCGGGCUACUGCAACCCGUAGAGUGGUCUGACACAGAGCUGGAGACGGACAGUGAGUAAAUAAGAACAGAAUGUGGGUGAGAGGGCAUAAAAGGCAUGGAAGGAAAAGCCUCUCCUGGCCACAGAUAGACACUUCCAGUUCAUCCUUUCUGGUGAGGAUGAGAUAAAGAACAGAGGAAUAUUUUGUCCUGCCACUUUUCAAGCCUUUCGUUUUUUACUCUGAUCUGGACAAGAUCAGAGACUGUGGCUUGAUGUAGCAUUUUUUUAUAUAUAUAAAUACUGACUUGCACAUGUGGAAUGACAAACUUGAAAUAUCCAGUUUUUCGUAUUACCUGAUCUUUUUUUAUUACCUGCUCAAAGUGUUGUCUAAAUCAGUGUUUCCCAACCCUGUUCCUGGAGGCACCUCAACAGUACACAUUUUGGAUAUCUCCCUGGUCUGAUGUGUCCAUUCAGGUCUUUAGAGUCUUUACUAACGAGCUGAUGAGUUGAAUCAGGUGUGUUAGAUUAAGGAGACAUCAAAAACAUGUACUGUUGGUGUGCCUCCAGGAACAGGGUUGGGAAACACUGGUCUAAAUUCAAAAUCACUCAACAUGGGGUUAAAUUCACACUUUUUGUGAAAACGUAAAACUUGAAAUUUUUUUUUUUUUCUUCUCCGACACAUUAAAAUUGCAAAUUAUGUGUGUCUGAACAGGUUCCAAACGAUUUUUGUUUUGUGUACUUCAUGGUUAAACUAACAUUUCAAGCCAAAGGAAUGGUGUCUAAUGCUUGGAUGUAUCCGUAAAGAUCAUUGUGAUUUAAACCCUUGUAUAUUUUGUAACAUUUAUAUAUUGUGCAUAACAACCUUCGAAAAAGCCUUGUUUUAAUAUAAUACUCUUAACUUUCUUCAGAAUUAUGUGUAUCUAUAUAUAAAUAUAAAUAUCUAAAACAAAUGUAUAAGUAUAUGUUGGGUUAGAACAAAAUGAAAAGAGGAGGAAGAAAAAACCUAUGCUAUAUAUGGUAUACCAUAUGGCACCAUAUGGCACUUUUCCACUGCACGUUAUGGUUCGACUCGACUCUGCUCGCUUUACUUUUCUGAGCUUGCUUUUCCACUGCAGUUUAGUGCCGCCUCAACGUGGGUGGGAUUAUAGGCUGAUCAUCAUAGUUGCGCCGCCUCUACUGCCGUGACAUCAUACCGCGACACAAACAUUACUGACCAUAAACAAUAACACGACCUCUAGCUGUUAGCUACUGGCUCAUUGUGCUGCAUAAAGCAGUUGUUGCAUGUUGAUUUUACACAAGUGUAACAGUUAAAUUGGCCUGGUUGUUUUAGAAGCAAGCUUUCCAGUAGCUGGUCAACUAAAUAAAGUUAAGUUUUGAAGAGUUAUAGAAUAUAGAGUUAAUGUAACAAAAUAUACCAUCCUCCAUCGUGGACUCCAAUAACGCCGUGGCCAAUUCCAGGGCACUCUCCCUCCCAUUGCUCGCCGGUCUAUUGCCAUAGCGUCCAUUUGGUCGACCCACUUCCUUCUGUUUGAACCACUCCAACUGUUGUUGUCCUUGAUUGUUCUGUAGUCACUUAAGUUUUUUUUUUUACAUUCCCCUACACUGUUGGUAGGUCCGGUGGUAGCCGUGUGCGGCCAACAGCUGAAACACUUCCUGAAAGAGUUUUUCGUUUCACGCCGUUUUGUUCUUCGCUAACGAGAGGAACGUCUGCACCUCGUUUAUUGACCACAGCAUGGUUUUGCGCACAGUUAUUUCUUUUUACUAUUCAAAAGUUGCGUGAACAAAUGAUAUUGCUAUCGCUGUUGCUAGCUUUAAAACUAGCGGGUUGAUGUCCCGUGUCGCAAAUCCAGUGACGCUGGUAGUGACGAUUCUCUCUGACCAGUCAGUGAUCUGCAGGGUUUUGACAUCACAUUUAGUAUCAGCUCGGCUCGCUUGGAACCUCGACCGAGGUGAUACUAAAGUACCAGGUACUAUCCACAGUGGAAAACCCCUCAAAAAGCGAGCAGAGUUGAGUCGAGUCAAGCUGUACCAUGCAGUGGAAAAGCACCAUAAGUGACUGUUCUGGUCCUACAGUUUUGAUUUUGAUCUGUUCUUUAAACGUAGUCCAUUAUUUUCCAGCAAUUAGCCUUAAGGGCUUCCGUUCACAGAUCAUCUCAGAGCAGACACUGGACAAACCCAGUGCAAUACUAAACAACGGUGUGGAUGGAAAUCUUUGCAUCAGUCUUGGAGAAUAAUUUAUCAAUUUGAGAUUCUCUAUGAAUCCUUGCCAAAAAAUGAAAAUUCUCUCAUUUAUUCACCCUCAUGCCAUCCCAGAUAUGUAUGAUUUUCUUUCUUUUGCAGAACACACAUAGAGAUUUUUAGAAGAAUAUCUCGGCUCUGUAUGUCCAUACAAUGCAAGUGAAUGGUGAUACACUAUAUGGACAAAAGUAUUGGGUCACACCUCUUAAUCAUUGAAUUCAGGUGUUUCAUUCAUUCCCAUUGCCACAUGUGUAUAAAAUCCAGCACCUAGCCAUGCAGUCUGCCUUUACAAACAUUUGUGAAAGAAUGGGUCGUUCUAAAGAGCUCACUGAAUUCGAGCGUGGUACUGUAAUAGGAUGCCACCGUUGCAAUAAGUCAGAUCGUGAAAUUUCUUCCCUCCUAGAUAUUCCACGAUCAACUGUAAGUGGUAUUAUUGCAAAGUGGAAGCGUUUAGGAACCACAGCAACUCAGCCACAAAGUGGCAGACCACGGAAAGUUACAGAGCGGGGUCGCCGAGUGCUGAGGUGCAUAGUGCGUAAAAGUCGCCAACGCUCUGCUGACUCAAUUACUGCAGAGUUCCAAACCUCCUCUGGCAUUAACAUCAGCACAAAAACUGUGCGCCGGGAUCUUCAUGGCAUGGGUUUCCAUGGUCGAGCAGCUGUAUGCAAGCCUUACAUCACCAAGCACAAUGUCAAGCAUCGAAUGGAGUGGUGUAAAGCAUGCCGCCACUGGACUCUGGAGCAGUGGAAACGUGUUCUGUGGAGUGACGAAUCACACUUCUCUAUCUGGCAGUCUGAUGGACGAGUCUGGGUUUGGUGAAUGCCAGGAGAACAUUUCCUGCCUGACGGCAUUGUGCCAAAUGUAAAAUUUGGUGGAGGAGGGAUAAUGCUAUGGGGUUGUUUAUCUGGGGUUGGCCUAGGCCCCUUAGUUCCACUGAAGGGAAAUGUUAAUGCCUCAACUUACCAAGACAUUUUGGAAAAUUCUAUGCUUCCUACUUUGUGAAACAGUUUGGGAAAGGCCCUUUUCUGUUCCGGCAUGACUGUGCCCCAGUGCACAAAGCAAGGUCCAUAAAGGCAUGGUUGGAUGAGUUUGGUGUGGAAGAACUUGACUGGCCCGCACAGAGCCCUGACCUCAACUCUAUUGAACACCUUUGUGAUGAACUAGAACGGAGAUUGUGAGCCAGGCCCUCUCAUCCAACAUCAUUGUCUGACCUCACAAAUGCUGUUCUGGAAGAAUGGGUAAAAAUUCCAACAGACACACUCCAAAAUCUUGUAGAAAGCCUUCACAGAAGAGUGGAAGCUGUUAUAGCUGCAAAGGGGGGACCAACUCGAUAUUAAUGCCUAUGGAUUUAGAAUGGAAUGUCAUAAAAGCUCCUGUAGGUGUAAUGUGUAGGUGUCCCAAUACUUUUGUCCAUAUAGUGUAUAUUGCUUCAGAAGACAUGAAUUUAAACCCCUGGAGUUUCCUUUUAUGCUGACUUUGUGAUUUUUGGAGCUUCAAAGGUCUGGCCACCAUUCACUUGCAUUGUAUGGACCUACAGAGCUGAGAUAUUCUUCUAAAAAUCUUUGUGGUUAGCAGAAGAAAGUUAAGUCAUACAGAUCUGGGAUGGCAUGAAGGUGAGUAAAUGAUGAGAAUUUUAAUUUUUGGGUAAACUAUCCCAUUAACAUUCAGUCACUGCCUUGAUCCUGCUAAAGUAUGAACCUUGACUCAGCUGAUCUUCUCUGCUUUAUUUUUUUUUUCCACUACGAGCCUGUCCCAAGUUGGAAGUAUCCUGAUCUGCACAGCAACUGAUUCUAUUUUCACCUUUACCCAAUUGUAAACACCAAAGUGUUCCAUACUGACAGAUAAUUGUUACUUAUUUAUGACAUUACUGAUGGUUUGUUACAAGUGCUGUGCAGUGUGUGUAGAGUCCUGAGGUCUUUAAAAGCCUCAGUUUUGUGCCUUUUCCGUAGUUCAAUAUGUAGAUUCAGGCAAGGAGCAGAACGACUGAUCUUGCAUACAUACAGGGGAUUUUUUUUUUUUUUUUUUUUUCAUUUUAAUCUCAGGGGUAUAUUUGGUGUUUUCCUGGUCUCAAAACAGUUUUCUCUGCAUAUGUCUCUGGUAAUUAUCAUUUCUAAAAAAAAAACUAAAGACAAAAAACAAAAGUAUACAAAUUUUAUUUUGAAUUUUAUACAUCUUGUAUUGUAAUCUGUUUUUAUUUAUGUCUUUGUUGAACUUUGGCAGUAUUGAAAUUUGAAUGUUGGUACGAGAACAAAAAAUGAACAGACAUACUAUUUUAAACUGAUAAGCUAAAGAAAGCAAACAGCAAAACAAAAGACUGAUUUUAUUUUUUUCCAUUCUGUUCAGUGUGGAAUUAUGUUACUCAGCAUUGUUUUUUGGGAGAUAAAGUCUAUUAUUUUUCCAGACCCUUUUGCAUACUCUGUGGACUGUUAAAGGGCUGAGAAUAACUGCAGCCAAAAGACUGAAACAGACACCUGGCUGAUUAUCAUGGCUGCCACUAACAGUUUUUAACUAUUUGCCAAUCAACAAAAAGAAUGUUAUGUUAGAUGAAAUCAGCUCCCAUCUUGGGAGAACUUUGGAAUGCUUUCUCCUUGAAUAUUAAUGCUUGUAUGAUGACAGAUGUUAGUGAAUGUGUGAAAGUCCCACUCACCUAAUGUUUACUUGUUGACUGACUGACAUGCAGGAUAGGGCUCAGUGUGCAGAACAUGCUUGACUGUUUUCUACAGUUGAUUCCUGCUUCAGUGAGACUAAGUGGAAAACACACACUUAGUUCUGACUUAUUAAAGGCAGUCGGGAAUGCAAUGUGAGUGUUUUUACUUCCGUUUUAUUUUUUCUUUUGGUGCCCAAAGUUUUGUGAUUGAGUAAUGGCCUUUUUUACCUGACAUGUGCGGUAGUGUUGUAGUAAACAUGAAUAUUAUUCUGAAACUUAAGCAUGUCUGUGUGAUGAAUUAGUCAAGUUGACAAGAAUUGCAGCGUGUGAAGCAAUAUAAAGCUUGUGUUUUCAGAAAGGUAUGUGUUGCGAAUUGGAGUUUUUUGGUCCUAAUAGCAUAUUGCUCAAUUAUUACGUAUUAUUUGACUUGUCUCACAUUGGACCUGUCAAAAUUCUCUUUCUUGCUAAUUUGAGACACAAAAGUCAAGUUUAAAGUCUAAAUUGGCAAGGCAAUUACUAAAUUAAUGACAAUCCAAAUUUCGCAUGUUUUGUGUAUUGCAAAUAUCAGUUUGUCAAUGAGAUGUUCCUGGUUCUGUUCAAGUUCUACCCCUUUAUUUGUACACUGGCAAGACAAAGUAUGUGAACCCUUUGGAAUUAUCUGCAUUUUAUGUAUAAAUUUCUUUAAAUAUGGUUUGAUCUUCAUUUGUUACAAUAUUGAACAAACACGAUCUGUUUUAACUAAUAACACACAAAUUAUUGUAUUGUUUUUGUUCAUACUGAAUACAUCAUUCAAACAUUCACAGUGUAGGUUGGAAAAUGUAUGUGAACCCCUAAGCUAAUGAUGUCAACAAAAGCUAAUUAGAGUCAGGAGUUGGCAAACCUGGCAUCCAAUUAAUGAAACAAGAUUGGAGGUGUGGGUUAGAGCUACUUUGACUUAUUAAAACACUCAAACAUUGAAUUUGCUAUUCACAAGAAGUAUCUGCUGACGUGGACCAUGCCUUGCAAAAAAGAGAUCUCAGAAGACUUGCAAUCAAGAAUUGUUGCUUUGCAUAAAGCUGGAAAGGUUUGCAAAGUUAUCUCGAAGAGCUUAGAUAUUCAUCUGUCCACAGUUAGACAAAUUGUCUAUAAAUGGAGACCAUUUAGUACUGUGGUUACUCUCCCUAGAAGUGGCCGUCCAGCCAAGAUUACUCAAAGGGCAAACCGCAGAAUGCUAUAUGAAGUAAAAAAAGAACCUUAGAGUGAGAGCUAAAGACUUGAAGGAAUCAUUGGAACUGAUUAACAUCUCUGUUCAUGAAUCUACUUUAUAGACAACAUUAAACAGGCAUGGCAGGACACCAUGAAGGAAGCCGCUGUUUUUUCAACAAAAAUAUUGCUGCGUGCCUGAAGUUUGCCAAAGACCACCUUGACACUCCACAACACUACUGGGAAAAUGUUUUGUGGACUGAUGAAUCUAAGAUUAAAUUGUUUGGAAAGAACACGCAGCACUACAUAUGGCGUAACAAGGGCACCGCAUACCGACAUGAAAACAUCAUCCCAACGGUGAAGUAUGGUGGAGGGAGCAUCAUGAUUUGGGGCUGCUUCGGGGCCUGGACUGUUUGCAGAGGAAAAAAAGAAUUCCCAAGUUAAUUAAGAUAUCCUACAGGAUAAUGUCAGGGUGGCUGUGUGCCAGCUGAAGCUCAGUAGAAGUUGGGUGAUGCAGCAGGACAAUGACCCUAAAAAUCGAAGUAAAUCCACUACAGAAUGUCUUCACAAAAAGAAAAUCCAACUUUCGGAGUGGCCUAGUCAGAGCCCAGACCUUAACCCAAUAGAGAUGCUGUGGAAUGGCCUCAAGAGAGCCGUUUACACCAGACAUCCUAAGAAUAUGGCUGAGCUGAAACAGUUCUGUAAGGAAGAAUGGUCCAAAGUUCCUUCUGAACGUUGUACAGGUAUAAUUUGCAGCUACCAGAAAUGCUUGGUUGAGGCUAUUGCUGCCAAAGGAGGACUGACCAGCUAAUAAAUCCAAUGGUUCAAUUUUUCCACUGCACUGUGAACAUUUAAUGGGAUGUUUUCAAUAAAGAUAUAAAAGAUUAUAA